CAAGUCUUUUGAUUUGACAAGUUUUAUUUUAAAACUCUUUCUCAUUUCAUCUAUUUCUUUGCUUGGCUAAAUUUGGAUGGUUGGCUUCAAUGUUAAUUUUGCUGUAGUCUAUAAUAGAUAGUUGUCUUUCAGUAUUUGUAUUGUGAAAAAGACGGACUGGUUGUUAAAUGUUAUUGAUUAUUAUAUGAUUCAUUGAAGCAAAAAGCCCUCCUACACCGUAGGUAAUACCUGCGUACUGUUUCAUGUACGUAAUAUAAAUAUUUUAAGGCCGAGAUGACUGUGGCAGAGUUUUUUAGUUGCUCCCUUCUAGCCUUUGGACCCCCCUUAGUCAUGUUCGCGAUGACAGUGGCUAACGAUCCUGUGCGUAUCAUCAUCAUGAUCGCGGCAGCGUUUGGGUGGCUGCUAUCUUUCCUGCUGUCGUCACUAAUUUGGUUCGCAGUUGUACCAUUAAGAUCCUAUCUGGCAUUUGGAAUGAUAUUUGCAGUAAUAUUUCAAGAAGCUUUUCGGUACGGUAUGUACCGUUUGUUAAGGAAAACAGAAGCAGGCCUGAAAGAGAUAUCAGACAAUCACGAAAUAGGAAGCAACAAAUUAGAAAUGGCAUAUGUAUCUGGACUCGGUUUUGGACUUAUGAGUGGUGCUUUCGCUUUAGUCAAUGUAUUAGCUGAUUCGAUUGGUCCUGGCACCCUCGGUCUGCAUGGUGGUAGUGAAUACUUCUUUGUUACUAGUGCAGCCAUGACAUUAUGUAUGAUAUUACUGAAUACAUUUUGGAGCAUAAUUUUCUUCAAUGGAUGUGAUGAAAAAAGCUACUUGAAAGUAGGCUGGGUCAUCAAGUCACAUCUGUUUGUUUCAGCUCUUAGCUUAUUGAACAGUAAAGGACUCUAUGCAGCAACUAUAAUACCAUCCUAUCUUGUACUUAUUGUUAAUGCAGUGGUAGCAUUUAAGUGUGCAGGUGGGACUUUCAAAAGUUUAACUCAAAGUUUCACUGUUAGAUCGUAGGACCACAUGUAAAUACCAAUAGAUAUGUAUUUGUCUUCUGUUAAUAAUUAGUAUAAUUGUGACAUGACACUAAUUCUGUAUAAUAUGUCGAUAGAUCACAUUGGUAAACUAUAUUGUAUAUAAUUGUUUUGAAAUAAUGCUCUUGUAAAAUUUUAUUCCAUAUGACCUUUGUGUAUGUAAUAAUAAGAUAAAAACAGUAUUUGAAACUAUGGUUCCCGAGCUAACAUUUGCUAUGAUAGGCUUUUACAGAUCCCAUAGAGGCUUAAGUUAGGUAACUUGAACAAACCUAUUGAUAGACUAAAUCAACAAACUGUAGGUGUUAACCAUUUUUAAUCUAACAAAAAUAACAUUACACCUUUGUUUUUGCUUAUUUAAAAUAAUAAACGAAUAUCAUGCUUUAUUCACUUAGAUAGAAGGCCAAGAUAUUAAUUAGUUUUAUUUAUAUGAUAUUUCUCAACUUAAUAAGUUGAAUAACUAAAAUGUAAAACUAAAAUGUUUCUCAACUUAAAAUCUUAUCUGAAAUCUGUUUUAAGAAAUUGUCCAGCUGCUAGUGAAUUUGAUGCUUUAUAUAAUUUAUAUAUAGCAUGCUCUAUGAAUGCAGCAAUUUUAAAUAUAAGAUAAAUUUUAAAUUUUGGAAUCAUUAUAGUGUUCAUUUAUGGAUAAUUCCCAUAGAUAUUUAACAAAUACACAAAUAAAAUAGCACAUUACCUUCAAUUUAUUUAAUUUUCGAUAUAAUCAAACUUAAUUCUAAAUUAUUAAUCAAAAGAUCAUUCCCUUAGAUAAUACUUAGUAUGAACAGAAGUGUAUUUCCUUCUUAUUCAUAGGUAACUUAAUAAUAAAAACAUAAAUUAAGAUAAUUUUUUAUACAAAUAAAAUUCUAUAAUCUGUCAAUAUUUCUCUUUCUCCUGUUUCAUAAUAUAAUGUUUAAAAAUUACAAAAAACUGACUAGAUAAUCCAAUUCUUUAUUUACUGUACUGGAUCCUGUUCUUCUGCUAGUUGUGUUAAUAAUGAAUCCACUGUCCACACAGAAUCUGCUGUGUCUGCUUCCACAUCAGGGAUGUAGGUCUUUAAUAUUUCCAGAACUGCAUCCACACCCUCAACUGAGCCACAGAGACCACCACCUACUUCUGCCAGAGCAUUUGCUGUCUCUCUGUCUUUAUGGCCAGUCCUUCAAUAAUAAAUUUUGUUAUCAACUAUUACUUAUUGACCAUCUAGAAUUUAACAGAUUGCAAUAAUAAUUUAUACUCACAUAGGAGGCAUUGAUAUCUCUUUUUCCAAAAUGUCUUGCAAAUCGUCCAAGUCUGGUAUUGUAGGUAUAUCAUCGCUGGAGUCUGGAGACUUCUUCGGUAUAACAAAUUCCCUGAAUAGAGUAUUAAUUACCUAUAUUAGACUAUACUGUACAUGUUAUUAAAUAACUUUAAACAAUUUUGAUCUUAAAAUACUUUGCUUCUAUAUGAGUUCCUUCAGCCCAGACUCCCACUUUUCUAGGUUCCGGCACAUUAGAAUUAUAUUCAUUCAUUUUGUAUAUGUAACGUACGUACAAUAUUUUUAUUUUAUCUCUCAAAACAUUCUCUACAGACAGACUAGAAUGAGAUACUAUUAUUACCACAGAUUAUGUUUUACUGCUUGUUCGAUCAAGUUAACUUUUUUUUU